AUUUUUAGCGAUGCCCACGCUGCUUCCUCGCGAACGAGCAGCCCGAGGAGCCGCGACCCGAGCGCCGCGGGGCGGCGAGCGGCAGCCGCCCCUCGCCCUGCGGCAGGGCCCAGGCGUCGCUCACCCGGAAAAGGAACGGAGCCGCCGCUGGCGGGGCCCGCCGCCGCCCGGCCCCGGCUCCUCGCCCGGCCCCCGGGCCGCCCCCGCCCUCCCGCGGCGCUCCGCCGCCGGACGCCUCUCGCCGGGGGACGCCGGGCCCGAGAUGGCGGCGGCGCGGCCGGUGCUGGCCCGAGCGGUGCUGCAGCAGUGCCUGUCCGCUCGGCUGCAGGUGCGGCCGCCCGAGAACGGCUCCGAGCCCGAGUGGGUGGAGGUAGUAACUCAACUUGAAAUGGAAAUGUCAAAGAAUAAUUCACAUCCAGAGAGGGCUUGUUAUCUACAUAUGCUUCUUCAAAGGUGCUGAUCAAGAUCUUGUUCCAAAAAUUGAAACGCUGGAAAAUAUGAUGCUAGUAAAUGCAAGAAGUCUGUCUACAAGUUUGCACAUUGCAGUUUAUGGGUUAAAUUGCAUCUUUGACCUUCCUGCCUGCCUCCUCUCUCAAAAGACAAGCUGACAGCUGCAGGUCUCCAAGUGGAAGGCUGAAGAGCGCUCAUUCCACAUGAGACCAAAAUGCUGAGCCUGGGGCUUCAGCAGUAUCAGUUAGGUGUUGGAUCCUGCUGCAAACUACUCCAUCCAGAAGGAAAAGAAAGUCAGGACAGAAACACCUCCAGAGUGCACCAAAGAUGGUCUUAUCUCCUACCAUGUAUAGAGUUCUGUAAAUGUUUCCUGACUACCACACAACUAAUUUAGGGUCACUGAUUGGAUCCCGGGCUCCUUUGGGGAGCUCCAACUACAAAAAACUAUAUGAUUUCAGACAGUCAGCCACUGUCCCCCUGAAAUAACUCUUUAGAUGUAUUAUAUUCAUAUAAAUGUCCUUUGUAUUCUUCACAAUACUCUGACAUCUUAGCUGGUUAAUAGUAUUUUUCGAUUGUUCAUGUUUCUGUUUUGUUAGCUUCUUUUACUUCAAUCAUUUGUCCUAUCUUUUGGUAUCUUGAUGAAUCUUAAAUGUUGUUUUAUUGGUAUAUUAGGUCCAGGUUAAUUUACUUUAGUUCCACUAAUUUUUGUUUUAUUUUAA